AUGUCGAUUCCAGAGUUAACUACAGGUGAUUUCCAUAAGAUAUUCACUAACCAAGAGAGAUACGAUAACCCAAAUGGAGGGGUGUAUCAGGUUUAUAACACUAGAAAAUCUGACAGUGGUAAUGCUAAUAGGAAAAAUCUAAUUAUGAUUUGUGAUGGUGUACACCAUAUGAAAGCUUUAUUGAGAAAUCAAGCUGCUACAAAGUUUCAACAAAAUGAACUACAGAGAGGUGACCUUAUCCGUGUUACUGUUGCAGAACCUGCAAUUAUUAAGGAAAGAAAGAAAUAUGUGUUAUUAAUUGAUGAUUUUGAAUUGGUAAGAUCUGGUGCUGAAGUUAUUGAACAGACUACUGAGUUUUUAGAUGCCUAUUUCAUGCAACACCAAGAUGAAGUCUUGGGUGAGUCUGCAUCUUCUACUACAGCAGCAGCACCACAAUCAGGUGCCACCGCUGCUGCUUCAAGUGCUCCAGUCGCCACUACAACUCACCAAUCUAAUUCUACUAGUCAUCAAAAUAAUACAAUGUCAGAUUCUCAAAAAUCAAGACCAAUCUUUGCCAUCGAACAAUUGUCACCAUAUCAAAAUGUAUGGACUAUUAAGGCAAGAGUCUCAUAUAAGGGUGAAAUUAAGACUUGGCAUAAUCAAAAGGGUGAAGGUAAGCUGUUUAGUGUAAACUUCUUAGAUACCUCUGGUGAAAUUAGGGCAACUGCUUUCAAUGAUAUGGCAACUAAAUUUAAUGAAGUUUUGCAAGAAGGUAAAGUUUAUUAUGUAUCAAAAGCGAGAUUACAACCUGCUAAACCUCAAUUUUCCAAUUUGUCACAUCCAUAUGAAUUAAGUUUAGAUAGAGAAACUGUUAUCGAAGAAUGUCAAGAUGAAAGUAAUGUUCCAAAGACUCAUUUCAGUUUUAUCAAACUUGAUGCAAUUCAAAACCAGGAAGCUAGUUCUACCGUGGAUGUUUUGGGUGUUAUUCAAACUGUUAACCCACACUUCGAGUUAACUUCAAAGGCAGGUAAAAAAUUCGAUCGUCGUGAUAUCACUAUUGUCGAUGAUUCAGGUUUCUCCAUUUCUGUUGGUUUAUGGAACCAACAAGCCUUAGAUUUUAAUUUACCAGAAGGGUCUAUUGUUGCUAUUAAGGGUGUUAGAGUUAGUGACUUCGGUGGUAAGUCCUUAUCAAUGGGUUUUAAUAGUACUCUGAUUCCAAAUCCUGAAAUCCCAGAAGCUUAUUCUUUGAAGGGUUGGUACGAUACAAGUGGUAAGAAUGAGAACUUUUCUUCUCUAAACCAAGAAGUUGGCGGUGCUCCAUCUUCUGAUAACUUGAUGAAGUUUAUUUCUCAACGUACAACUAUUGCAAAAGCUCAAUCUGAUAAUUUAGGAAAGAGCGAAAAGGGUGAUUUCUUCAGUGUUAAAGCCUCUGUUAGUUUUCUAAAGGUUGAUAAUUUUGCAUACCCUGCUUGUACUAAUGCCGACUGUAAUAAGAAGGUCAUCGAACACAAUGGUUCUUGGAGAUGUGAAAGAUGUGAUAAAACAAGUGAACAGCCAGAAUGGAGAUACAUGCUAACGAUAUCUAUAAUGGAUGAAACUGGCCAGAUGUGGUUGACACUAUUUAAUGAUCAAGCUAAACAGCUGCUUGGAAUUGAUGCCAAUAGUUUAAUAGAGUUAAAAGAUAGCGAUCCCGAUGCUUUCAGUAAAAAAACACAAAGCAUUCAAAUGAAUCCAUAUGAUUUUAGAAUUAGAGCAAGGGAAGAUAAUUACAAUGACCAAACUAGAAUAAGAUAUACUGUAUCCAACCUACACAAGUUAAAUUAUAAAGUAGAAUCCGAUUUCUUAGCCUCUGAGCUUUCGAAGGCAUUAUUGAUAUAA